AUGGAUCUCGCACAGCUUUACACCUCCUAUAUCGCCCAAAUCAAUGCUGGAUGUGAGCAAGGCGCCUUGUCAAAAUUUGUCAAUGACGGUGUGGUUCACAAUGACUCUGCUCCAAUGUCAGUGGAUGAAUACGCACAGAUCAUCAUCGAUAGUCAGGCCUCGUUUCCGGGUCUCCAUUUCGAUGUUGAAACGCUGGUGACAGAGAGUGCCAAAGGCGAGAAGGGUCGAGCUGGAGAUGGAACAGUUGCUGCAAGGAUCAAGCUCUCCUACAACAGUGAUACGGUUAAUUCGAACUCCUCACUUCAGACAACUCCGCCGCAAACGAACAAGGAGGUCUUCUACGAGCACGUCUUCUACCAGCUGGAGGGUGGCAAAAUCUCAAGAGUCUGGAGCCUUCUGGAUGGCGCUGGGCAGAAGUGGAAGGAGGGGCGGUAG